AUGAUUUGGAAAUGUAUGGCUAUCAGUUUAUUUCUCUUGGAGAACGUCUUUGCUGUGCGUCUCCAUAAGCUGUUUCAAUUUAUCGACGGCUUCAAGUCGGAACACAAUCUGAGAGGUUUCCUUCACGUCGGUAAUGAUUAUGCAGUAUUUUUACGCGUGCCCAAGUCCCACGAUAAGGACCUUGUAUACGAGCUGUAUGAAAUAAAGCACGUAGGGGACAUUAAUACGAACAAACCACAGCUACUUGCUAUAUCCAAAGUACCUGUGGAAUAUAUACGGGAGCAACUGAAGACGUUUCUUCAUGAACUAUACAAAGCAAAGUUCCGUGAAGGAAUAAAUCCUAUUAUAGAAGAGGGAGGCAAUCAAGGCACGACACGG